UCUCGCCUUCGCUGACGCCGCCGUCUCCCAGUUCCAGCAGCACCGCAACGCGGCGGCGCUCACCCGUGCGGCACGCCGUCGCCGCCGUGGCACGAGAAGCACAGAGGCCGGCACCGGCUUUGUUUUUCCCGUGCCGGCGCGUGGCAAAAAGCUCCCCCGCAUGCCUUUUGUCUGAAAAGCCUCCGUAUGCGGCAUCCCCUCCUUGGCACAUCUCUCGGCAAAGAAUCUCCUCCUAGAGCUAGAGCCCCCCAUAGCCCUAGCGCAAGCCUCGGGCUCCAGAUCCCCGCUGUGCCCAUGUCGGCCAGGAGACAGGCGUGGCAGUUCGCGGCCGCGCUGCUCUUCUUCCACGGCUCCGAGUACGUCCUCGCCGCCGCUUUCCACGGCCCUCGGAACGUCACCGCCACCUCACUCCUUAUUAGCAAGCAGUAUGUAUUGGCUAUGAGUUUUGCAAUGCUGGAGCACCUGACAGAAAUACUGAUCUUUCCAGAAGUAAAAGAGUACUGUUUUGUCAGUAAUAUUGGCCUUCUAAUGGUGCUUAUCGGUGAAAUUAUUCGUAAACUUGCUGUUAUCACAGCUGGGCGAGCCUUCACUCAUGUUAUAAGAAUUUAUCAUGAAGAUCAGCAUCAGUUGAUUACCCAUGGGGUGUAUAGGUUUAUGCGCCAUCCUGGAUAUUCUGGUUUUCUUAUAUGGGCAGUAGGUACCCAGGUUAUGCUAUGUAAUCCAGUAUCAACAGUUGCAUUCACAUUUGUCUUGUGGCGAUUCUUUUCAAAACGGAUACCGUAUGAAGAAUUUUUCUUGAGGCAGUUCUUUGGCUCUGAAUAUGAAGAAUACGCACAGAGAGUGCACUCGGGGUUACCAUUUAUUAAGUGAAAGUAUGCUUGCCUCUUGCUGUUGUCACCAUUGAUAUGUCAAAGUAAAGCACCAAACGUUGUGAAACAAGAGAUAACAAAGAAAGGAGCCAUCAGAUGGAUUGCAUACAAUACAAGAGACAUCAGAAAUCUGUAGUAGUCAGUAGUCAAACAGAUGAGUCAUUCAUCAGCUCAUAGAUCCUGUGCAGAUGUGACCUGUAGCUCAAGCGUUUUUUUCACCUUCAUUGUGAUGUUCACUCACAGCUAUAACUUGUGGAAACGUUCCCUUCAUUGGAUUUGAGCUGAAGAGUGCAAGAUAAUGUUUACAAUUUGUUGAGGUUCCCAGUGAUCUUAACACAACUUGUCUUGCGUGUGAAGCAUAUACUUCGAAUCUACGGCUUACCUUUGGACGGACAUGUUGAAGAAACUUCCGUAGAAUCUAAGAAUGUUGCAGUAUUUUCUCUGUGGUACACAACUAAGGCUAACAGUGUUAAUCACAGUCGAUGUAAAGCCUUGGAUUGUGAACAAUCUGGAAAAUUGUCUUAUUGAGCCAAUAGAAAUUCGUGGUCUCGUGGAA